GCAGUGAACAGAAUACCGACUUAUCUCCCAUGAGCGGUUAUGACUUAACUUCCCUUCCUACUGUCGAGCAAGUCACUUCGAUGAAAUCACCCUAUUACAACGCACACUCUUGUCCACCAAGCAAUUUCGACGCGUCAUUCAAUACCGGCCGUUCAUUUUCCAACACUGCCUCUUUCAACGCCAGCACCAACGGGCCAUACAGCUCUGGGUGUCCUUCGCAGAUUAUUCAUCCAGACAUAGACACAGGAGUUUCUUCUUGUCGCUCUACAUGUCACUCCAACCACCAGCCUAUUGCGUCUCAUGCUGACCACCAGUUUCCUACUGCCAUGCAACCUGUGGCACAGCCAACCUUUCCACACCGUUAUGCCCCGAGCUCUCCUGCAUCCAACGUCUCUACUCCUACCCACCCGUCAAACGUGCCUCCUCAGUUUGAGCAGUCAACUAUUUCUCACUCUUUAUCCUCGCCUGGGACAUUUACGGUAGCCGUACCAUAUCCUUACGUGAAUCCAGGUGGCUUCCCAACAUCGUACGACGCGCAAAGUGCACUUAACUGCGCGCCAGCGUAUCAGGCCUCACGGAACCAUCUUGCAAACUCAUCCCAGGCGCCGGAUGGUCACUUUAAUUCUGUUCACUUUCCCUCACCCGGCGUUUUGGACAACAAUGCUCCCGCAGUCCCGCCUACUAAUACGACCUCAUCAUCGCAGUCAUUUUCUGCACAGCCUUCUAAUGAGCCCAAUUUUGCUAAUACGGCUACUGUUGCACACUCUACUGGCAUACGGCCUAUGCUCUACGAUCAACAAACAACACCGAAAACACAUUCGUCAUCAGCCCAGAAGUUGGCACAGUUCGCCAGUCAUCCCCGGGCGCCCCCUAUUCCUCAUUCUUUCUCGGCGCCUCAUCCUGCUCCAGUUGAUCCUUCAAUGCAUUCCACAUCGGGUGGCUCAAUUAAGCAUAGUGUACAACCUCCGUUAGUUCAACCUUUUACACCAGCCUCAAGGCACUCAUCUGAUUAUCGGCGGCAACCGACAUCCGAAGCUUCCACUUUUUUUCGCUCCCCGGGUACACCAGCUACUAGAGCAGAGUGGAACCGUAUAAAGAAUCCCAUCGGCCUUUUACAAGAACACAAUUUGAUGCCAUCGGAUUCGGCGGAUCUGCCACCCAAGCCGACAAUCUCAUUCCCUGUUAACUGUGAUCCCGAUAUUAUGCGGUGCACGCUCCCAGGGUUUCCUGCAACUGCAAAACUUCUCGCACAGUGCCGUUUACCCUUGGGCUUGGUCAUGCAUCCUUUCCGUGAUUUGUCGCGCUUGCACACCAUCAACUCUACGGUUAUUGUCCGCUGUCGUUCUUGCCGUACCUACAUCAACCCGUUUGUUCAGUUCGUUGACUCCGGCCGCCGUUGGCGUUGCCCCAUCUGUUUUUUGUCCAACUCCGUACCAGAUGAUUUUUUCUAUGACCCCGGAACUCAGACCUAUGGGGACCCGGCUCGGCGUCCUGAGAUCCGCUCGGCCACAGUGGAGUUUAUUGCCCCGCCAGAGUAUAUGCUUCGUCCACCUCAGUCAGCUACUUAUUUGUUUUGCCUCGAUGUCAGCCGCAAUGCAAUUGCAACUGGGUACUUAAAUGUUGUGUGCGAACGUUUAGCCACACACUUGCUUCGAAUGCCUGGCGAUUCUCGUCGGCAGAUUGGUUUGAUCACCUAUGAUUCCGCAAUCCAUUUCUACAAAUUAUGUGGCGAUUCAAUGAAGAUGUUGAUCUGUCCGGAUUUGGACGAACCAUUUAUUCCGGAGUACGAAGGUUUACUGAACUUAAUCACCGAGUCCUCGGAGACACUGGUGGAAUUUCUCACUUAUCUACCAGAUUCGUUUGCCGAGUCUAGCGAUGUUGGCAACUGCCUUGGGUCCGUACUCCAGGUCGCUCUAAAACUCAUCGGGAGUACUGGUGGCCGCAUCACCGUAUUCAACACAUGUUUGCCAAACUUGGGUGCCGGUUGUUUGCGGAUGCGUGAGGAGCAGUCUGAUCGUACCAGUGCUGAUGUCAAAAGUCUGGGCCCAGCAAUAGACUUUUACAAGACGUUCGCACUCGAUUGUGCUGCACAACAGGUUGCCGUGGACUUGUUUUUGCUGAAUUCUCAAUACUGUGAUAUUGCUACUCUCUCUGGCGCCGCCCGGUUUUCCAGUGGUGGUGUUUACCAUUAUCCGGACUUUUACUGUCCUCCACGGACCACUUCAGGGCUUUCAACAACAUCAUCAAAAGUGCAUGCCGAGGCAGAAUCGAGGAGCGUUCACAACGCAGCGAGCCUGACUACUCAGCAACCGAAUACACAAUCCGUCAAUAGUACCAUCACAUUGGAGUGCUUCCGACGUGAUUUUGACCGUUACCUGUCCCGAAAAAUUGGAUUCGAAGCUGUUAUGCGUAUUCGCUGUACGCAUGGGCUAUCCAUUCAAGCGUUUCACGGAUCGUUCUUCGUACGUUCGACGGACCUCAUGUCUCUUCCAAAUGUGAACCCGGAUGCCGGUUUCGCUGUGCAGUUAGGAAUUUCGGAAAGUGUGGAAAAAUUAUCGACUGUUUGUUGUCAGACGGCAAUUCUGUACACCUCAUCCAAAGGCGACAGACGGAUUCGAGUUCAUACACUGUGUCUACCAGUCGUGCAUACUCCUUCAGAAGUCUUCUUGGGUGCGGACCAGGGCGCUAUUGCUUGUCUUAUCGGAAAAAUGGCUGUUGAUCGUGCCAUAAAUACCUCUCUGGUUAACGCACGCGAAGCUUUGGCUAACGCACUUGCUGACUUUUUAUCGGCUUACGCGUCUUCCAUUGGAAUCACGUCGGAUGUCAGCAUUUCAUCCUACUACAUGGCCUGUCCACCCAGUCUGCGCUUACUUCCUCUCUAUCUAUGCGGCUUACUACGUCACACCGCGUUCAGAGUAGGCGUCCCUGUUAGAAUCGACGAUCGAUCGGCAGCCUUGGAGCGUUUGAAGUCUGCUCCACCGGAAGAGAUGCUCACUUUACUUUACCCGCGACUUUACGCCGUGCAUAAUUUCGUUUCCAAGCCUGUUGUAUCUGAUAAUGCGACCUUGGCCCGAAGGGCAGCUGCACUUUGUCUCUCAGAUUACGGUGAUGCCCUUCUGGACGCUACUCAUCAUUCAACGGAUGAUAGUGACUCCUCGUCUUCUAAUGUCAGCGAUUUUCUGUACGAUGCGGGGCAGCUUCCAGGUCAGUUGCACCUGUCUGCACGUUCCAUCUCUCGUUCUGGUGUUUAUUUGCUAGAUACUGGGGAGAUUAUCUUUCUACUCAUUGGAUCUCAAGAAGAUUCAGCUUCUGGAGCCGCAGCUUCAUCGGAAAUGGUGCAUCAGCUUCUUGGUGUCCCAAUACCAAACAGUGUUAUUUUCUCCUUACCUCCCAUCGUUGUGACAAACGGCAAAUCUGAUGUGCCGAUCGGGCUGCGCCGAUUGUCAGCCUUGGUUAAUCUUCUUCGUCAACGUCGGCCCCUUUCCAACGCUCUCGUAUGCAUCUGCCACGAUGCCCCUGCUUCUUUGCGAACUCGUUUCAUUUCCACCUUAAUAGAAGACCGAACAGAAUAUGCCCCUUCUUAUCAAGAGUUCUUACAAAUGGUGCAAUCCAUUAUGAAAGGCUAGAUCACCUUGUCUAACGCUCUGUCGCCGAAUUUUUUCACCCUUGUGCCUUCAAAGAUGCCGCUGGUGACGUCGGUGAUCUCGUGGAUAGCGUGUUCCACACAUAUUUCGGCCCCACUGACUUCUUUCCGGAUGUGAUCGCUUGACUUCGUCGUUUGCCACCGUCCUAGAUGCCAUAUCUGAAAAAUAAGCCCCAUCUUUUUUGUCUACUAGGAAUUUCAGCUAGGUGGCUCUAUCAGUUGUCUUUUCUAUCUCCCCAGCAUAGAACUUGAGCACUUAGCGGAGGAGCGGUUCUGUUUUUCGCCUCUGGCGUCUGGCAAAUCCUCCUUAUUUUCACCAUCAAACCUUGUCUUUGGCUUUUUUUCGCACCUUCCACUUCGAAUGGGCGUAAGGUGUCAUCUGCUCUUCUCGCUCCAUAUAUGUAUUUGUUGAGUGUGGGAUGUGAUUUUUCUUUGCUUUUUCCACCAUUUUCAAUUCCCCUACUUUAUUCCUCAUUGUGUUUCUACUCUUAACAAUAAUGCGAAUGCUGGAUGCAAACAUCUGUUUUCACUCAAUCUCUUGCUUUGUUUUCACAGAGGUGCCCGCUGUGUUCCAUCUCCAACAAUCGUUUAUAGCACUCUUUACAGCGCCGCUGCAGUCCUCUAUUAGUCUAAAUCAGACAGCUUCAAGUGACGCCGCUUCGUCUUUUGCAAUGAUUUGAUGACACAAAGUCCUUUUUAGAUUACAUUUAUGGUGACCGUUUUCUAACUGGUACUUUAUAAAGACAUAUUGAGAGACUGGGUGACUACAGAUGUCCACAUCUAGAACUCGAUUAAAGUUAUUGUAGUUACUUCCUUAAAAAGCG